CGGGGGUCGGCUUAGCUGGCGGACCGCGGCGGCGGCAUGGCGGGCCGGCGGGUAAACGUGAACGUGGGCGUCCUGGGCCACAUUGACAGCGGCAAGACCGCGCUGGCGCGAGCGCUCAGCACAACAGCCUCCACCGCGGCCUUCGACAAGCAGCCGCAGAGCCGCGAGCGCGGCAUCACGCUCGACCUGGGCUUCUCGUGCUUCUCGGUGCCACUGCCCGAGCGUCUGAGGCCGGCGCUGCCGGGGACCGAGCCCGAGUCCGGGGCCGAGCUGCAGAUCACGCUGGUCGACUGCCCCGGGCACGCCUCCCUCAUCCGGACCAUCAUCGGCGGGGCCCAGAUCAUUGAUUUGAUGAUGCUGGUCAUCGACGUGACCAAAGGGAUGCAGACCCAGUCAGCCGAGUGCCUCGUGAUUGGACAGAUUGCCUGCCAGAAGCUGGUCGUGGUGCUGAAUAAGACAGACCUCCUCCCUGAAGGCAAGAGACAGGCGGCGAUUGAGAAGAUGACCAGGAAGAUGCAGAAGACCCUUGAGAACACCAAGUUCCGAGGCGCACCCAUCAUACCUGUGGCAGCCAGGCCUGGGGGACCAGAGGCCCCCGAAACAGAAGCUCCGCAGGGCAUCCCCGAGCUCAUCGAGCUCCUAACGUCCCAGAUUUCCAUCCCAGCGAGGGACCCCUCGGGCCCAUUCCUGAUGUCUGUGGACCACUGCUUCUCCAUCAAAGGCCAAGGCACAGUGAUGACAGGGACCGUCCUCUCAGGCUCUGUCAGCCUCGGCGACAGCGUGGAGAUCCCGGCCCUCAAGGUGGUGAGGAAGGUGAAGUCCAUGCAAAUGUUCCACACACCUGUUACCUCUGCUGUGCAAGGGGACCGGCUGGGCAUCUGCGUCACCCAGUUCGACCCCAAGCUGCUAGAGCGCGGCCUGGUGUGCGCCCCCGAGUCCCUGCACACUGUCCACGCAGCUGUCAUCUCCGUGGAGAAGAUCCCAUAUUUCCGGGGACCCCUACAGACCAAGGCCAAGUUCCACAUCACAGUGGGCCAUGAGACGGUCAUGGGCCGAGUAAUGUUCUUCAGCCCCGCCCCUGACAGUUUUGACCACAAGCCAGUGCUGGACUCCUUCGACUUCUCCCAAGAAUACCUCUUCCAGGAACAGUAUCUGUGCCCAAGCUCAGCACCAGCCGCCACAGACACCACGGACAGCGGUGGAGAUGACAAGAAGGCGGGCCAGGCCUCUGAAGGCCACUGCCCACGGCAGCAGUGGGCCCUUGUGGAGUUUGAGAAGCCCGUCACCUGCCCUCGGCUGUGCCUGGUGAUUGGCUCCAGGCUGGACGCAGACAUCCACGCCAACACCUGCCGGCUGGCCUUCCAUGGUGUCCUGCUGCACGGGCUAGAGGACAAGAACUAUGCUGAAAGCUGCCUGCCCAAGCUGAGGGUGUACAAGCUGAAGCAUAAGCAUGGCUUCGUGGAGCGGGUGAUGGACGACUACAGUGUGAUCGGCCGUUCCCUGUUCAAAAAGGAGACGAACAUCCAGCUCUUCGUGGGGCUCAAGGUGCACUUGUCCACCGGGGAGCUGGGGGUCAUCGACAGUGCCUUUGGUCAGAGCGGCAAGUUCAAGGUCCACAUUCCUGGUGGCCUCAGUCCCGAGUCCAAGAAGAUCCUGACACCUGCCCUCAAGAAGCGAGGCCGUGCUGGCCGAGGGGAGGCAGCCAAGCAGGAGGAGGGUGCUGAGCGGCUGGAGCCCACGCAGCAUGUGGAGCUCAGCCUGUCUUUCAAGCGCUACGUCUUCGACACCCACAAGCGUAUGGUCCAGUCUCCCUGAGUGCCCACUGGCUGCCCCAGGGCACCUCACCCAGGCCCAGCUGGGCUGCUGUGCUAAACACUUGACCAGAUGUGCCUCCACCUCCUGUGUCUCCCCUGAGCACCUGUGAGAAGCCCGGGGGUGGCGGGACUUGGUGUCACAGGGCCAGGCCCAGAGGGUCUGUGCCUCCAUCCCUGCACCCUCUGGCCAGGGGACAGUAGCCAGGUAGGAAUGGGCUUCGGCUGGACAGCUGGUGGCCAGUGUCUCCCAGGCUGCCUGGUUGGCAGCCCAACACUUGCCAGCUGCAAAUAAAUGUGCCGAGGUGCCUGCUCA